ACAGGGCAGAAGCAGGCAUAAAGGGCAGGCACAGCCGAGGCACCCACCAGGAAGGAUGGCCCUGCUCUUGCUGGUCCUGGGGCUGAGCUUGGCUGGGGCGCAGAAGUUCAACCCCCUGGCUGUCGUGGAUAAGAACUACAACAUGGCCAGGAUUUCAGGGGUCUGGUACUCUAUUUCCAUGGCCUCAAACAACCUGUCGCGGAUUAAAGAAGACGGAGACCUGAGGAUCUUCAUUCGGAAUAUUGAACACUUAAAAAACGGCAGCCUCAAGUUCAAUUUCCGCUUCAUGGUGCAGGGUGAGUGUGUGGGCGUGAGCAUGGUCUGCCAGAAGACGAACAAGAACGGAGAGUACUCCAUCUCCUACGAGGGGGAGAACAAGGUGCUGGUCUCGGAGACGGACUACAAGAUGUAUGUCAUCUUCGACAUGCAGAACAUCCGCAAUGGGACCGAGACCCGCGUGCUGGCGCUCUACGGGCGGAUCUCAAAGCUGAGCCACAACUUCCAACACAGAUUUGAAAGAGUCUGCAGAAAGUACAGACUGAGUUCCAAAAACAUCAUGGACCUGACCCAAGAAGAUCACUGCUACUCCAAGAGGUAGAGCACCCAGCCAGGCCCUCGACCCAAAUGGACCGCUGCAUGGAGCCCCUUUCCAGAUGAGUCCCAGCCGGGGUCUGGGCAUCUCUCCUGGAGGCCACCAUUCAGCCUCCCGAGUCCCUUCUCAGGAACGAGCCAUGGUCCCACAAGAUCACCCUCCAAGUCCUCCUUCCCUUCCCAGAGGCCACCCCCAUUGGACCCCCACAUCAGCUCAGCCUGCGAGUCCUUGAGGUUUCAAGGACCCUGUCCUGCAGGGCCUCGCAGCCAGGAGGAGUGGGGCUGGCAGCCCAGGGAGAGGGCUGACCCAUGUAGGCACAGAGGCCCUCCCCGCUGUGUGGUGGUGA